UGCUAGUUGGGCUAACCAAACUCGCCGACUGUAACCAUAUUUUACUACAAAUCCAAUCCGCACGUAAUUCCAAACUCUUUCCAUUCAACGUGGCUAGCCCGCAAUUCCUUUUUCCGGUAACACAGAAUUACAGAUUCUCUCUCUCUUUCAGAUUGACUCAACUUCAGACACAGAGUUUAAGAGUACGAAAUACUAAACAAAUUUACACACAUAGGAGUAUAUCAUUUUGGAAAUGAAGGAUGACGAAUCCAUACCAGUAUCUACGCCUACAACACAUUCGAAGAUUUCCACAUCUGAUGCCUCAAUAUUCGGUCGCCGUCGGUACAAGUUCUGGGCAUUAGCCGCUAUUCUUUUGCUAGCAUUUUGGUCAAUGUUUACUGGUACUGUUACUCUCCGAUGGUCCGCCGGCAACCUCAACGGUCUCUCCGAUUACUUCAACCUUCCUCUCUCCGAUGAUCUCGACGUCAUCGAAAUGGAAGAGAGGGAGAAGUUGGUGAAGCAUAUGUGGGAUGUGUAUACUAAUACUCCUCGGAUCAGAUUGCCUAAGUUUUGGCAGGAGGCAUUCGAGGCAGCCUAUGAGGAGUUAACCAGCGACCUUGCUGAUAUUCGAGAGGCUGCUAUCUCUGAGAUCUCUAAGAUGUCUCUCCGAUUUGUUCAUAUGGAGCCGCCACCUCUGCAUUCAUUGGCAGUAAGAGAAUCAAGUCAAAAACAAGCCGAGGACAAACCGAGGACUGCAAAAGGAAGUAAGUUAUGACUAGAAGAAUAUCAAGGAUCCAAAUUUGCGCGGUCGCCACUUAUUUAUACGAAAUAUACAAGAUGAAUGAAAACAUACAGCAACCUCCUCUGGUAUUUUGACUAAAAGGAGCAUUUGCGAACACAUUACAUUCAGGUUCCUCGCACUUUUGCAACAGAGAUAAACAUAAUUAACUUUUUGAUACUUCUACCUCUUUUUUCUCUCUGUACCCAUCUCCCCAGUGAAAGCUCAUACGAGUGCAGAAUUCAACAGUAUCAUGAUUUAAUUGAUUAAUGCAAAGAAAAUGGAAGUUACUUCCGAGGUUUUUACAUUGGAAGUCCCUUACUAAUUCGUUUGUUUUCCACUUGAAAUACCCAUUACACAAACUGGCAAUGGAAUAGAAAGAUUAUAUUUAGUUCUUGUGGUGUAACUUUCUCUA